UAUUAAAUUCAAAAUAAGAAAUGAUUGGUAAGGUGAAAAUAUAUUGUGACUCAUUUUAAUGAGUCAAAUAAAACCUAAAGUGUAUCAUCAAUAUUGAAAAACACUGAGCAUUUAUUCAAACCAAUCGAAAUAUCUUUGGCGUUGAUAUUUUUUAACAACAAUUAUAAAAAUAAGUAUUAUAAUUAAUUACCAAUACUGUAUAUAAAAUGGCAACCCAUAAGAUAAGUGGUCAAAGUGCUCGUAAAAAAGUACAAGUAUCUAUGGUUAUCAGAGAUGAAAAAGAAAAAAAACAUCGUGCUGGGAUCAAUUCGCUACAAUAUGAUGCAGUUCUUCAUAAAUUAUAUUCUGCAGGAAGAGAUAGUAUAAUUAGGAUAUGGAAUUGUAAAAAUUUAAAAGAUCCAUAUAUAGAUUCAAUGGAACAUCAUACUGAUUGGGUGAAUGAUAUUGUUUUAUGUUGCGGUGGUAAAAAUUUGAUUUCAGCCAGUUCAGAUACAACAGUAAAAGUCUGGAAUGCACAUAAAGGUUUUUGUAUGUCAACUUUGAGAACACACAAAGACUAUGUAAAAGCCUUGGCAUAUGCAAAAGAUAGAGAACAAGUUGCAAGUGCAGGUUUAGACAAAGCCAUUUUUUUAUGGGAUGUGAAUACAUUAACAGCUCUUACUGCAAGUAACAAUACUGUAACAACAUCAUCUCUUACUGGAAAUAAAGAUUCAAUAUAUAGCCUAGCAAUGAAUCCACCUGGGACAAUUAUUAUAAGUGGCAGUACAGAAAAAGUUCUUCGAAUAUGGGAUCCCCGAACAUGUAGUAAACUUAUGAAACUUAAAGGUCAUCAAGAUAAUAUUAAAGCAUUAGUUUUAAAUAAGGAUGGUAGUCAAUGUUUAUCAGCUAGUUCAGAUGGUACAAUUAAACUUUGGUCUCUUGGUCAACAACAAUGUGUACAGACUUACAGAGUACAUACUGAAGGAGUUUGGACAUUGCUGGCAACUGACACUUUCAGUCAUGUUAUUUCUGGAGGUAGAGAUAAGCGUGUUAUAAUGACUGAAUUAAGAAACCCUGAAAAAUUCACCGUAAUUUGUGAAGAAAAGGCGCCAAUUUUAAAAAUGGUUAUGACACCUGAUCAAUCGAAUAUUUGGGUAGCCACUAGUGAUUCUACAAUAAAUAAUUGGAAUAUAAGUCAAAAAGAUUGGCAAAGUGGUGAUUACAUUGUUGAUACAGUAAGCUUAACAGGAUUAUUAACUCCUCGAAAUGUUGAACCAGCUCAAAGAAUUCUUGGAGGACCAGCUAUUAGACAUUACUAUAUACUCAAUGAUAGAAGAUACAUUUUAACAAAAGAUACAGAAGAAAACGUAGCACUCUAUGAUGUAUUAAAAUCUUGCAAAGUAGACGAUUUAGGUCAUAUUGACUUUGAUUUGGAAGUUAAAAAACGAAAUAAAAUGGUUUAUGUUCCAAAUUGGUUUAAUGUUGAUCUCAAAACUGGAAUGUUAACAAUACAUUUAGGACAAGAUGAAAAUGAUUGUUUAUCAGCAUGGGUUUCUGCAAAAGAAACAGGAUUAAUAGAAGAUGAUAGUACUGACCCAAAAGUAAAUUAUGGAAAUUUACUCUUGCAAGCUUUAUUAGAGCAUUGGUGGAAACCUCUUCAUGUUGAUGAUGAAAUAGAUAGUAAUAGUAAUGAAGGAAAUAGUCCAAGACAUACCAGAGGAGGAAAUCCUUAUUUUUCUGUACCUGGUCAUACACCUGUUAUUUUCAGUGAGGUUGGUGGUAGAACAUUAUAUAGAUUAUUAGUACGAGAUGCUGCAGGAGAGACAGAAGGUGUACUUUUGAAUGAAACAGUGCCGUCGUGGGUUAGAGAUAUUGUAGUGGAUAAAAAUUUACCAAAAUUUAUUAAAAUAUCCUUCUAUCUCCAACAUUCCAAUUCUGGUGCUAAAAAUUCUAAAAAAGAUCGACUUGUUGCCAAUGACUUUAUUCAAGUUCGAAAAGUUGCUGAACAUGUAUAUGAUAAAGUUUUGGGAGCUGGUAGUGAUUCAGGUUCAGUUGGAGGAGGAAACACAGUAUCUAGUGGUUCUGCUGCUGGUGAUAGAACAAAUACUGAUUCUAAUAUUGAUAACUCAUCAUUAAUAGAAGAAAAAGUAGAACUAUUAUGUAAUGAUCAAGUGUUAGAUCCGUUGAUGGAUUUAAGAACAGUGAGACAUUUUAUCUGGAAAAGUUCAGCCGAUUUAACUUUACAUUAUCGGCCAGUAAAAUAGUUGUACUUAAUACAAAAUUAUGUUUACAAUAUAUCUCAUUUUAUUUAUGACUCAAAUAAAUUUAAUUG